UAGGGCUCUUGCGCAUUACCAUCCAUGAGCAGCUUCGCGGCCGCUGUAAGGGCAGCGGCAAGGCGGCGCGCCUCUCCCUCCUCCUCAUCUGGAUCGUGGAGUAGUAGAAUUUUCGCGUUCUCCACGAAAGCCCCGGAGAACAAUGCGGAUUCUCACGAUGAUUUCAAGCCUGUUGCGAAGACUGCUGCUGGAUCUGUCCACGAGAUGAUCGAGAAGGAUAUUCAAGGCAACCCCGUGAUGGUGUAUAUGAAAGGCAAUCCGGACGCUCCACAGUGUGGCUUUAGUGCCAUGGUGGUGAGAAUCCUCAAGCACUACGAGGUUCCUUUUAGCUCUAGAAACGUGCUUGAGGAUGCCGAGCUCAGGGAAGGCGUAAAAUCUUUCAGCAAGUGGCCGACGAUUCCUCAAGUUUAUAUCAAAGGCGAGUUUGUCGGUGGCUGUGACAUUGUCACAAACAUGCAUCGGUCUGGUGAACUGAAGGACAAAUUAAAGGCUCUGAAUCCAGAUCUACCAUAGCAGUCAAGAGCAAAUCGCACAAACACUUGAGCUUUUUCUCCGCGUUCA